AUGAUAAACAAGAAUAAUGAAUGUCUAAGAUCUCCACAGAAGAUUGCUAAUGCUUUUAGUGAGUAUUAUGAAAGUCAGACAAGGAUAGUUAACCUUAAGCAAGCGAAAGAAACACACCUGUAUAACAUUAAAAGCCCGUGCAAAAAGAGCGAAGCGCCGCGAGAUUUCAAAGUUUCAUCAACAGAGAGCGAAGGACAUUAUAAAAAAUGUGUUUUGUGCUACACGGUGAAAAAAAACUUCUAUUGCGCAGAAUGUGUAAGAAAUGGAAACUUUGUACAUUCUUCGAUGCCUUACUCUGAUAGAUUUGCUGAAAAGCAGGCGAAAUUAAUGCGCCUUAAAAUAAACAGACAGCAUGUUUUAGACAGAUGUGAAAAGUUAUUAGCACCAAAAAUUAAAAAAGAUAUUCUUCUCACAGAAAUAAAGUUAUCCAGAGAUAAGCUGGACUUACUAAGACUGGCAAUAGAACAAAGAAGAAGUAUCAUAGACACAAAGCGGAAGGAGCUAGCUGAUACAACAAGUUAUAAUAAUGAAUUAAGGCUAAAACUUCCAAGAUAUCAGAAGAGAGUGACCAGUUUAGGCAGACAUGCUGAAAAUCAGCGAAUAGAACUACAAAAUAAAAUGAGUACUUAUAAUGAUCAAGCUCAAGCCCUUGCAGCAUUGAGGAGGUCAAGAAUACGACAAUUCACCAAGUAUAUCUUUCCAGUUUAUUUGAGUUAUGAUUCUAGUGAUAGUAUAGAAGAUUUAGAGUUUGUGGGUGAAGAUGCAGAAGAAGAGCCCCCGCGACGACCGCAGUUGCACAUUGUUGCACCAUGGAUUGAUGCUGAUGGGGAUUGUUCACAUAUACAAGCUUGGGUGGCGCAGAACAAGGAGGCUGCGCUGAGCGGCGAGCCGGGACGUAACCCGGCGCAGUGCGCGGGCGCGGCGCUCCUGCUGGCCGCGCAGCUGUCGGCGCUGCUCGCCUGGACGCUAGACCUGCGCACGCCGCAUGCCAUCUCGCUCAGGUGCACCUUGUAG